AUGAGCGAAGGUCCGUCGUUAACAAUGAUCAAUAGUUCCUCAAAAGUCAUUCCGCAAAUCCUGAACUUCGAGUGUCCAGGGCAAGUGCAUAGCUUGGGAAAACUCUGGAAUGGCGACGCUUUUCUAGGCACCCUUCCAGACUUAGAUCUGUGCCACAUUACUUUCUAUGAGAGUCACUUUGUGCUGUGGGUUCGAAUUGAUGAGAUGGCAAUCAAGGGAUACUCCGCAUACAUCAAAGUCUGGCGACAUCGAAAUCGUUGGGUACCAACACCGAGUUCCAAUUCAUAUGGCCAGGUCGACCGGGAAAAUUACAGCGAGCUGAAGCUACAGGCGGGCUUACUCCACGCAUCUCCUGCUUACCUCGUCUCACAGCCGGACAAUGGUAGCUACGGGGUCUAUUCUGACAGCACGACUUUGGCGACCACCCGGUUGACCUCUAACACUACAAGCCUCUAUAUUGUCCGACACGGAGAGCUAGCGGAUGGCAGUACAGUCUCAUACCGGCUACGCAUUCCGACCUCAGUGGACUACGACGUGGGUGGCAUCAGCCUGAUCUACUCAUCCGCCGAAGUUUUCUCUUGGAAGAAGAGCGGGUCGAAAUCGGUCUUAGUCUUAUACGGAGGGGAAGACGAGACGCAUGAGUUCGCGAUCCCGCAAGCAUUAGGAAUGCCCUCCACCGUCGAAGGCAUCGGUCUGCAUAUUGCCUCAGCAGGCUCCUCCCAUGCCACUGUGAUCAAGUGGUCCGUCCAACCCGAACGCCGAGUGGUACAUUUUGGGGAGCAACUCGAGAUCCAUCUUCUGUGGCGCAACAAUGCCUACAAGUAUUGGGUCUUAGACCUUCCUGUUGCGGGUGUUCUCCAGCGGCACGCCUCUCUUUCGCGCACCAAUAGCUCGGUGAUUGUGAAGGCCGGUUAUCUCCUUCGGACGGCAGAGGUGGUAGAUACGAGACUAAAGCUGACAGGCGAUCUGAACGCUACCACCGAGCUUGAAGUCAUCGCGGCUCCUCCCAAUAUAAAUGUGGUCACAUUCAAUGGGAAGUGUGUAGAUACGAAGAAGCUCGCUGGACGCUUGACUGGGUCUCUUAAAUUCAAAGCCCCCUCGAUUAAACUGUCUGAUUUGGCUACUCAACAGUGGCAUUAUACUGAUUCACUGCCGGAGAUCCAGCGCGGUUACAACGACCAGCGUUGGACCGUUUGCAAUCACACCCACAGUACAAAUACACGGAACUUGACCACCCCUUUCUCUCUGUAUGCUACCGACUAUGGGUACCAUGCCGGAUCACUUAUUUAUCGGGGACAUUUCACGGCCAAUGGAUCUGAGACAGCGCUUUAUCUUCUGACAGAGGGUGGCUAUGCCUACGGUCACUCGGUGUGGCUGAGCUACACGCACCUGGGCUCAUGGCCGGGCAGCUCAGCCGAAAUGUUCCACAACGAAACCCUAAGCCUCCCACAUAAGGAGAUGGAGCCUGGCACAUCAUAUGUUAUUACUGUGGUAAUUGAUCACAUGGGAUACGACGAGAACUUUCCUGCCAACACAACCUUCAUGAAAGAUCCGCGCGGGCUGUUGGACUAUAGUCUCCAGGGCCGAGCCAAGGCAGCCGUUACCUGGAAGAUCACGGGCAACCAUGGAGGCGAGCAAUAUGUGGAUCACAGCCGGGGACCUCUCAACGAGGGCGGAUCGUUUGCAGAACGCCAGGGCUAUCAUCUCCCGGGCGCACCGCUCCAUCACGAGUUUACAGCCGCUCUCGCGCCAACGAAAACGCCCAUCCACCAGCCCGGGCUGGAAUUCUGGGCAACCUCUUUCAAUCUCAAUCUUCCCGCCGAAUAUGACAUCCCCAUCAGUGUCGCCUUCUCCAAUACCACCGUCACCUCGAGUGGGACCGACGCCUCAUCUAGAUCAGCGCAGUUUCGCUGCGUGCUCUUCGUCAACGGGUGGCAAUUUGGCAAGUAUGUGAAUCACAUUGGACCACAAUCACAUUUUCCAAUACCCGAGGGGAUUCUUAAUCACAAUGGCUCCAACUAUCUAGCCUUGUCCGUCUGGGCACAGGAUACGCACUCCUUCCAGCUCGCGGGGCUGCAGUUGCAGGCAGAAGCCAUCAUCCUGCGCGGAUACGAGAAGCCCAGCUUGGUGCCAGCUGAGCGGUUUGCCCCACGUAUGUUGACCUAUUAG